AUGAUGAUGUGGUUAAAAGUUAAUGAUGGAGAAAAGAUUCAGGGUCUUUGUGAUUAUAUUGUAGAGAAUGAUGGCGAGGAAACUUUUGAUUUACGAGAAAGUUAUUUAUUGGCUCUUUGUGAGAGUGAAAGAAAGGAGAAUAUUUUGGAGGUGUUGGAAAUCAUGGACAUAAAAAAGCUCUCAUCCGUUAACUCUGUAGCAAAGAUAUUUCAGGCAUUGGGAAGACUGUCAUUGGAACCUGUUGCGGAGAAGCUCUUUUUUGAUUACAAAACAAGUAAUCAUGAAGAAGAUAGUAUAACAAACUUCAUUGCUAGUUAUGCAAUCAGCAUUCCAGACUUACGGGUAGAGGAUGUCAUAAAAAAGUUCAAGGAUUUUCACGAAAAACUAGAAGUUUUACCUUCUUGCUCAUCAUAUAACAAGCUCAUUUUACAUGGCUGUGCAUUUCUCAAGGAGCGCACUUGUUCUGAUGAGGAGUUCGAUCAAUUGCUUCUGCUACUUGAGAAACUAAAUGCUACAACCUAUUGGAAUGAUGCUUGCUGCAGAAUCAUAUUGUGUUGUAUUUGGGAUAAGCGUUUAAGCUCUGCUAUUGACUUGUGUAAGCUUCUCAAGGAUAAGUUGCAAACUGAUGAAUUGAUUAUGAAAGUUCUCUUUGAUAAGGUAUUUUCUCUAAUUGAAGAGUCGGAGUCGAAAUAUUUGCAAACUGCAAUGGAGUUGAUUUCAGAAAUGAAGGAUAAGCUUGGCCUUUUGCCUUCACAAAAAUAUUAUGAUUCUCUGCUUGCUUGGUGCAAAGCCAAUGACAAUUCUCACAAUGCUGACUGA